AUGAAAUCUUUCUGUUGGACGCUUUUUCUCUUUAUUGGUGCAAGUUUGAUUAUAUCCAUUGUGAUUUUUGUUUCACUUCACAAUGAAAAAUCAAGUGAUAAAAUUUUAAAUAACGAAGAACUUUUUGAAUUAUCGAUCAUACACAUAAAUGACUUUCAUUCAAGAUUUGAAGAAACAAAUGAACUUUCAUUACAAUGUCAAGAAUAUGAGAAAUGUAUUGGAGGUUUUGCUAGAAUGAAAAAUGUUAUAGAUCAAUUAAAAGCAAACAGAAAGAACGCAAUUUUACUGAAUGCAGGAGAUAACUUUCAGGGAACUUCAUGGUACAGUUUAUUUCGUUACAAUGUCACAAGCCACAUGUUAAACUUCAUUGAUGCUGAUGCAACAACAAUAGGAACUCAUGACUUUACCCAUGGUGUCAAUGGUCUUGUACCGUUUUUAAAAAUACUUAAUUCACCAGUUGUUGUGUGCAACAUCGAUGAUAGACACGAGCCUUCAAUACAGAAUCUUUAUCAAAAAUCAGUUAUAGUUACACGCAAUGGAAGAAAAAUUGGUAUCAUUGGUGUAAUAUUACAAGAAACAAGAGACAUUGCAAAUACCGAUAAUAUUAACUUCAAAAAUGAAGCUGAUUCGAUUCGUGAUGAAUCGACAAAUCUACGACAAAAAGGAGUUAAUAUCAUCGUUGUCUUGUCUCAUUGUGGAUUAGAACGUGACCGCCAAAUUGCCCUUGAAACGGGGGAUUUCGUUGAUAUAAUUGUUGGUGGACAUUCUCACCACUUUUUAUAUACCACGUUUGAUAAAAGUUCACCCGGACCCGAUAUUCCAAUUGGACCUUACCCAAUAGUUGUGACUCCAAAAUCUGGAAAUAAUAGAAAAGUUUUGAUUGUUCAAGCAUCUGCAUUUACAAAAUAUGUUGGAGAUCUAAAAGUUUAUUUCAAUUCACUUGGCCAUGUGAAAUACUAUGAAGGAAAUCCAAUAUUUCUCAGCAGUAAUGUUGAAAGAGAUCCUGACAUAUUACAUGAGUUAAUCCCAUGGCGAGAAGAAAUCAAUCGAUUGAGUCAAAGAGUUGUUGGAUAUUCAAAAGUUAAUCUUAUGAACAUAGGUUGUCGUCGAAGCGAGUGCGUUUUGGGAAGUUUCUUAGCUGAUGCUUGCAGGUGGAAUACAAUUCAGUCUUCCUAA